UACCGAGCCGCCGAAUAUAAAUACCAAAGACGAAGUUAAAAAGUCAGCAGUAGAGGAGCGGACCCGGCAUUGUGAGUGUCACAUAUACCACCCCCGGCAUCGAUCGAUAUUUUGACCGUACGAAGAGGGACUCGGACGUCGGACAUCAUAUCGGCGGAGAAUCAUGGAGAAAGUCGAGGACUAUGUAACCCAUGGAAGCAACAUGCAACGACGCGACGCCCAGGACGUCGUCGAGGAGUUCACCUAUGAAUUGUCCAAAAUGCGUGGGAAAUGUCUCGAUGUCGGUUCAGGUCCAGGGAACAUUACCAAGGAAAUGUUAUUGCCGAUCUUGCCGCGUGACGCGGAGGUAGUAGGCGCGGAUAUAUCGCAACCGAUGGUGAAUUACGCCCGCCAGAAGUACUCCGAUAAACGAUUAUCCUACAUCGUUCUGGACAUCGAAGCGUCGGAGUUGCCGAGUGAUCAAGUCGAACAAUAUGACAAUGUUGUGUCAUUUUACUGUUUGCAUUGGUGUAACGAUAUGUGGCGCGCUUUCGAGAACAUUUACAAGGUCCUGCGACCAAAUGGGAAAGCGCUUAUGAUGUUUCUUGGGUACCAUUGUGGGUUCAAUGCAUAUUUGAGGAUCAAGCAGGAUCCACGAUAUCAGUCUUAUGUUCAGGAUGCGGGCCGUUACGUACCGUAUUUCCAACGAAGAAUGUGCAAAGAUGUCCGAGCGAGUCUGCGAAAGAUGCUGGAGGACCUUGGUUUCGAAAUUCUGCACUGUAGCAAAAGGGAGAAAAGUUAUCAAUACAGCAAACAAAGUCUCAAAAAUCACGUGAUCGCCGUCAAUCCUUUUAUCAAGCGGAUUCCCGAUGACAUGAAAGGCGAAUUCGUGGAUCAUCUGGUGAGCGAAAUAAUGAGCCAGAAUGUCUUGAUACCGCUUAAAAGCAAAAACAGCCAAGAAGAAUACAAUAUUGUAUUGAGAUAUGACCUCCUAAUAGCAUACGUGCAAAAACCGGCUGUUUGACGGUCUUCAAACGUAUUUGAAGUGUAUAUUCAAGAGUAUAUUCGCGAAAUGUAUAUUUAUAGAUAACUCCAAUUGUUUGUAAUAAAAUUAAGUAGUUUUUAUCUGGUCUAACACGUCGACAGAAUUAUAAGUUUAUUAAGAUGAUGCUUGAUCGUUUUGUAAAA